AUGAAGUUGUCAUUUGCAGCUGCUACGAUUGCUGCAGCACAAUCCAUUAGUGAUGGUAAGACUUUGGUUUCUUCAUCCCAAAGCUUUGAACUGGGUUUCUUCUCUCCUGGCAAUUCAAAGAACAGAUUCCUGGGGAUAUGGUACAAGAAUCUUUAUGGGGCAGUUGUGUGGGUUGCAAACAGAAACAGCCCAAUUGCUGGUGCAGGUGGAGUUUUAACCAUCAACAGUGAUCGAAACCUGAUACUCUAUGAUGGAACAAACAGCACUGUUUGGUCUUCAAACAUCUCUAGAAAGGCAGAAGGUCCAGUGGCACAACUCUUAGAUUCUGGAAACUUUGUAGUUAAAGACAACAAAACCAUGCAACCUGUUGAGAUAUAUCGGUGGCAGAGCUUUGAUUACCUGUCAGACACGCUGUUGCCAGGUAUGAAGCUUGGAAAGAACUUAAAAACUGGAUCAGAAUGGUUGUUAACAUCUUGGAAAAGUGCUGAUGAUCCAUCUCGAGGAAACUUUACUUGCAGACUUAGCAUUCAAGGCGUGCAUUCUAUAGUUGUUUAUUCGGGAUCAGCAAAAAGGUUCCGCACUGGACCGUGGGAUGGAUUUCACUUUGGUGGUACUCCCGUGUCUCACAACUGGUUUUUUGUACCAUAUUUGGAGCAUAAUGAGGAUGAAAUCUAUUACGGUUAUGAGCCCUUCAACAACCAAAUUUUUAUGCGAUUAAUCAUGGACCAGUCGGGUACUGUCCUGUGUGUUAUAUGGAAUGAGAGGGGCAGUAAAUGGGGCACAGCUUACUUAGCACCGCCAGACCAAUGUGACCAAUAUGGCCAAUGUGGUGCAAAUAGUAUUUGCAACAUCAACAAGACACCAAUUUGUGAGUGUCUGAAACGGUUCAGACCUGAAUCAGAAGGGAUGGAUUCAAAUAAUCGCAAUUGGUCUAAAAAGUGUGUAAAAGAAUCAUCAUCAUAUUGCCAAAAUGGAGAGGGGUUUCUAAAACUUGUUGGGGUGAAACUGCCUGACGCCAUAAAGUUCAAGUUGAAUGAGAGUAUGAAUCUUAAGGAAUGUGAGAUGAACUGCUUGAAAAACUGCUCUUGUAGUGCUUACGCAAGCACGAAAUUAGAUGAACAGGAGGAGGGCUGCUUGAUGUGGUAUGGGAGCCUGAUUGAUAUGAAAAUCCUAUCAGGACUAACUACGGGACGUGAUAUCUAUAUAAGAGCACCCUUUUCAGAACUAGCACGUGCUUCAAAUGAAAAAAGCCGAGUAAAGAUCAUCAUAAUAGUUUUAAUCAUUUCUGGAAUGCUUGUCUUGAGCUUGGUGUUCUGCCUUAUCCUGAGGAAAAAAUGGAAAAGAGGCAGAAGAUAUGGAGAAGAGGUAAACAGUGAAGAGUUCAUGGCCAGUGGGAUUAUGAAAUCUGAGAAUACCCCUUGUGGUCUUGUAGUAGAAUUAAAGUAUUGUUGGUGGGAUACAAGAAGCAAUUUGCGAGAAGAUGGCAUUGGAAGCUCUGUUGCAGGCAUAGUUUUGUUUCCAUUACAUUUAGCUACUUUUGUUUUUUCAACAAGUUAUAUGCAAGAAGAGAGAAGGAAGAAGCAGAAGCAAUUUCUCACUUUAUCUAAAGCAAGAACUAGAUGA